AUGGCGGCUCAGGCCAAACCUGAUUCCAGCUACGCAUCCAAUCGUCUGACGUGGAGCAAUCCUCCACCCGGACAUCUUUUGUCUACUUUCAAUAAGCCCAAGCCUGAAGAUGCGAAAGUCGAAGUCGCAGGAACCAAUAAGGAGGCUGAUCAGCCUGGUGUCGAGGCAAAGCCGGAGAUUGAUACAGACGCCGAGCCUUUAAGCUCCGAUGAAGAGGAAGCAGAAGGCUCCAAGCCAGAUGUUGCUCAGCCUAUCAUUGAUACAAAAGUGGAUAUUGACACAGAUGCCGAGCCUUUGAGUUCUGACGAAGAGGAAGGCGAAGACCCCAUGCCAGACAUUGCUCAACCUAGCAUCGAGAACAAGCUAGAGAUUGAUACAGACACCGAACCUCUCAGCUCUCCACCUCUUAGCUCCCCACCACUCAGCUCCAAUGAAGAGGAAGCGGAAGACCCGAAAUCGAACGCUGCUCAACCUAGCGUUAAGAAAAAGUGGGAUAUCGACACCGAUGCCGAUCCUCUAAGCUCCGAUGAAGAGCAAGCUAGCGAUAGCGAGGCUUCCCCAAGUCGCAAAGAGGUGAACUAUACGACUUUGGAGGAGAAGCUUGCGGAAGAAAACAACAAGGCAUACAGUAGUCCACAAAUUCAUAAUGGACACUCUCGCAGAGGCGAGUUUGUGCGAAACCUCAGCGCUAUGAUGGGCUCCGAUGAUGACGACCUCCUUUUCUUCUCUUCGCAAAGCCAGAACAAGCGGCACAGGACAAAAUAUGCGUAUAAGGGAACCUAUUUCAACAGGCCAUCUUUUUCUGCACCAGAGACCAAGAAAGCGAAAGAGCCGUCGCCGGUCGAGGAAGCUCCCAAAGAGCCCGAGGAGACCUUUAUUAUGCCAAAGGACAUCGAAAGUUCGAGUUUGAGAGAACCUCGUGGCGGAGAAGACUCAAACUCUAGUUUCUCACACGGCCCAUACACGAUGGAAGAAUACGAGGCAAUGCUGCUUGACGAUGAUUCACCUCUCUCAUCACCUUCUUCCUCCACUUGCGAGCAAAUGUCCCAGCUCGAUGGACCCGCAGCGAAGGAGGAGCGCCAACCAUCACCGCCCCGUAUAGCUCUGUGCCCGAUGUGUCAUAAGGAAGUAGACUGGGCUUCGCUAGAACUGUUCAAAUCACAGGCAAAACAGCGUAUUCGCGAACAGGUGAUGUUCUGUGAAUCACACAAGCUCCGCAGUGCGAUGGACCUGUGGCGUGAUCGAGGGUAUCCUAACAUUAAUUGGGAUAAGUUUGAAGAGCGUGUUCAGAGUUAUUUCCCCGAACUCGAGAAACUGCUUGUCCCCGGUGCUUUCUCUUACUACCGAAAUAUUCUUGGUACCUCUUUUGCACCAGGGAAAGCGAGAAACUUCCGUGUGACAGUGAGUGACGACGAGAGGCUUGAGACGAUGACCUGUGGUUAUUAUGGUACUAUGGGUGCAACUAAAAUGCUAGAGACAAUCAUCCGUCGUUUUUCUGUGGUUGUACGUCGUCUGGCGACAACAGAUGAGCUUAUUAAGACGGCAGGUGUGGCUGGCUACACACAGUCUGUACUUGUGCCUGAGCUGGCUGUUCUCAUGGUCAAGGAUGACAUGAAGGUCAACGACGAAGAAGCCCGUCGGAUUAUGAGGGAGAGUAUGGACAUUGGUGGCAGAGUCAAUCCAGAUCUCAAUGUUGUCCCGAUACCGGAAGAUGUCGAAUUAUGA